AUGAAAAUAUUAGGUAAUGCUAUGAAAGAAUCUAGUGAUUUAAAAAGUUAUCAAAACUAUUUUCGUUUAACAACAACAAAUAUAGAAGAUAUUAUUGAAAAACAUUUAAACGAAGAAGAAGAAGAUUUUUAUAUUGAGCAUUAU